GCCCAACGUGCUGUAUGAAGUAGAGAGGUAAUUUACUUUGAAGCAAGGACUAAUCAUAGUGCAGCUUACUUUUUAACGUAUUUAAUUUAACGGUUAAUUUUGUUCGUGUUGUUCAUACUGUUUAGUCGUGUCUGAUGUUGUCGGUUUUUGAAUAUAUUUUUUUUUAUAUUCUAAGACACUAUCUAACUUUGAAUUAAUGAUUUUAAUAUAACAGCUUUAAAUUUGUACUUUUUUUAUUGUUUGUCUACAUAUCCCUGUUAUUAGUCGCUGAUAAUAGUAUUAAUUAUAAUAGCUCAAUUAGUUAUUCGGAACUGUUAAAGAAGUUUAAAAAAUGUCGUCUAGAUCAAAGGAUGAGGAAAUUAGAAUUCCUGAAAUUAUUGUGGAUAAUAAAACUAAUAAAAAAUAUCAAAGAGGCAGUUUCUUGGGAAAGGGUGGUUUUGCUAAAUGCUAUGAAAUUGUUGACAUGCGAACAAAAGAAGUUUUUGCUGGAAAAAUAGUUUCCAAAAAAUAUUUAUUAAAACACAAUCAAAAAGAUAAAAUGACUCAAGAAAUUCAUAUACAUCAGCGUUUAAAGCAUAAAAAUAUAGUUGGAUUUCACAGCUUCUUUGAAGAUGCAGACUUUGUUUAUAUAGUUUUAGAAUUAUGCCGCAAAAGAUCUAUGAUGGAGUUACACAAGAGAAGAAAAACUUUAACUGAGCCUGAAACACGUUAUUAUGUAUAUCAAAUUUUAGAAGGUACCCUUUUUCUGCAUCAACAGGGUAUAAUUCACCGUGAUUUAAAAUUAGGAAAUUUAUUUUUAAACGAUGACAUGGAAGUUAAAUUAGGAGAUUUUGGAUUAGCUGCUAAAAUUGAAUAUGAUGGACAACGCAAAAAGACUUUGUGUGGUACUCCUAAUUAUAUUGCUCCAGAAAUUCUAAGCAAAACAGGACACAGUUUUGAAGUUGAUGUAUGGUCAAUAGGAUGUAUAAUGUAUACUUUAUUAGUUGGAAAACCACCAUUUGAAACUAGUUCUCUGAAAGAAACUUAUGCUCGAAUAACUCGAUGUGACUACAAUGUUCCGCCUCAUUUAAACAAAAGUGCUAGUUUCCUUAUUAAUAAAAUGCUUCAAUAUGAUCCAAAAAAACGUCCUACAGUUAGUGAUAUAAUGAAAGCAGAUUUUUUUAUUACUGGUUAUAUGCCAAAAAAAUUACCACCAUCUUGCCUUACUAUGGCACCUCGAUUUGAUUCAAUUAACUAUAGAGAAUCUAUUUCCAACCGUAAGCCACUCAAUGAACUUAAUAGUCCAAAAGCAUCUAUUAUUAAAGCAGUUUCAAAACCUCAAGAUCCAAUAGGCAAAUUACCAUUGUUUAAUGUGCCUAAUAAAGUAACUGGAGGUAAUGGUGUUUCUGCAACAGAAUGUAAGGAUUAUAUGGUUUCACUUGAAAAAGAAUUAGGCUCUUUGUUGAAAAACAAACCGCUCAUGAAAGCAGUGACAAAUAUGGAAGAAAAUACUGAUCCCGCUGCUAAACCUAUGAUAUGGGUUAGCAAAUGGGUUGAUUACUCUGAUAAAUAUGGAUUUGGUUAUGAACUAUCUGAUGAUUGUGUUGGUGUUAUGUUCAAUGAUUUCACUCGUAUUGUUCUAUUAGCUAAUUUCAAAGAUGUUCAUUACAUUGAACGAAAUGGGACUGAGCAAUAUUACACAACUGAUAAUACACCUUCUACACUAGAAAAAAAAAUGAAGUUACUCAUGUAUUUUAGACGUUACAUGAAUGAUCACCUCAUUAAGGCAGGGGCUGAUAUUCUAGAAAAAGAUUCUGAUCAGUUAAGCCGAACACCUUAUAUGUAUCAAUGGUAUAGAUCUACUUCAUCUGUGAUAAUGCAACUUACAAAUGGCACUUUACAGAUUAAUUUUACCGAUCAUACAAAACUUAUUUUAUGCCCUUUGAUGAAUGCAAUUACAUUUAUUGAAGACAAUGUAUUUCGUACAUAUCGUUUCAAUACAAUUGCAGAGCAUGGUUGUAGUCCAGAAUUAUCAAGAUGCUUAGAAUAUGCACAUAAGAAAAUUGGUUCCAUAUUAAAAGACAAUAAGUAAUAUAAGAACAAUUUUUUGUAAUUAAAAUUGGAUUGAAAUUUAGAUCUAGUUACAAUUGUUAGUUAUAAGUUAUUGCAUAACAAAGUAAGAUUGUGAAUAGUAUAUAUAAUUUUUUUUAUUAUAACCAUUUUUUUUUUUUUUUUUUUUUUGAAAUUAUACUCUUUCAAAUACUUCCGAUUUUUUUAAUCUAUACAUUUUUAAAUUUGCAACUAGAAAAUAGUUAUUUUUGUAUUGGGCAGAAUUUUUAGUAAUUGGGUAAAUUGUAGUGACAUACAUUCCUCAUAAUUUCUUACUGCCAUUUUGAUAGAUGUACAAUAGAAUAACUUAUGAGAAAUGAAAUUAUUAAUUAAUGCAUUCGAUUCGUUCCAUUUGCCUCAUUUAUAUUGAACAAAUAACACUAAUUUAUCUUAUAAAUUUUAAUACAUUUGUGAAUAUAAUUAUUUAAAUUAUUCCUUGAUUCAAAAUUACAUUUUGAUGUUCAUAAAAAUAUUUAAUAUGUGUUCAUAUUAAUUUUGACAAUUUCUUAAUAUAUUUAGUUAAAUCUAAAUUAUUUUUAAAAUAAUAAAGACUAAAAUAAUGAAUUUUUUUUUUUAUCGUAUAUAAUGUCUAAACAUCUAUUAAUUUCAUAUUAAAUACUAUAGUAAAAAUAUUAACCAGAAAAAAAAUGAAUUAUUUGAAUACUUAAUUUAUUUUAAAUUAUUACAUUUAUAUUAACUAUAAUGAUAUGGUCACUAUACGAAAAAUGUAAUUGUCUAUAAAUCUUUUAUCAAAAGCACAAAUAAUCUUGUUAAUUUUUGUAUGGAUAUAUUGGAUCAUAUAAUGUUUAAGUAUUAAAAUAAUUAUGUAUAUAUGUAUAAAUAAUAUGUAAAUAUUAAUAAUAAUAAAAAUUAAUUAAAUUGACUUGUACACAUUGAUAUACAAAACAUGAUAAGAAAAAAGUAUAAAAAUAAUUAUUCUUUAAGUUUUACAUAAUAUAAAUUUUAAACCUCUGAAUCCAGUCAAAAGUCAAAAAGUAUAAUUGGUGGAUACUAGUUGUAAUGGAACAUGUAGUGAACUAAAAAACGUGAAUGAACCAAUAAUAUUUAUAUGAGCUGUAACUGGUCGAAACUUUAUGUUGUGUUAACUGAUAAUGUUUGUUAUAGAUGUUAACUACAUCUAUUGAAGUUCAUGAAAAUAGUUAGAAGAAAAUGUGUUUAAACUAGUAAUGGGAAAUAUUGAAUAGUAACUAUCGAACUAUUCGGUAGUCUAUGCUAAAAAUAAA